AUGUCUUACCAAUCUGGACAUAGCAGCCAUGGAAUCAAGAGCUUCAGUUCAUCCUCAGCCUGCUUACCAUCUGUAAGCAAACAUAGCUCCAUUGGUUCCAUCACAUCUAAGAAGAUAUCAAUGGGCCACAAAAUCCACCCAUCGUUCAGCAGCAAAAGUGUCUACAGUGUUGCAUCUGGAGGACAUAAGAUUUCAACUGGAUUGAAGAGUGGACAUGCUUAUAGUUUGUCAGGAAUUGGACAUGGGUUGAGUGCUUCUGGCCAUGGAUUUGGUGGAUCAUUUUGUUCUCCUGGUAUCACCUCUGUUACUGUUAAUCAAAGUCUCCUGGCUCCUCUCAAUUUGGAGAUUGAUCCUAAUAUUCAGAAAGUCAGAAUUGAUGAAAAAGAUCAGAUUAAAGGUCUGAACAACAAAUUUGCUUCCUUCAUAGACAAGGUUAGAUUUUUGGAGCAACAAAAUAAGAUGCUAGAAACCAAAUGGUCUCUUCUGCAAGACAAAAAACCUGCAAAAAGCCACAUUGAACCUCUCUUUGAGGCAUACAUCAACAAUCUCCGGAAACAGCUUGAAAGUCUUGGAGGUGAAAGAGCUCGUUUGGAGGCAGAAAGAAGGAAUAUGGAAGAUGCAGUAGAGGAAUUCAAGAAAAAGUAUGAAGAAGAGAUCAACAGACGCACUGCGGCAGAGAAUGAAUUUGUUGGACUUAAGAGAGACGUUGAUGCUGCUUUCGUCAACAAAUCUGAACUACAAGCAAAGGUGGACUCACUAACUGAUGAGAUUAACUUCCUGCGUGCUCUCUUUGAUGCAGAGAUUGCUCAGCUCCAGGCUCAGAUCUCAGAUAUCUCUGUUAUUGUGUCUAUGGACAACAGCAGAGAUUUAGACAUGGACAGUAUCAUUGCUGAAGUUAAGGCUCAAUAUGAAGAGAUUGCAAACAAGAGCAGAGCUGAGGCUGAGGCCAUGUACCAGUCACGGUAUGAGGAGCUGCGCUCAACAGCCGGAAGACAUUGUGAUGACUUGAGAAACACUAAGCAUGAAAUUACUGAACUGACUCGUCUGAUCCACAGACUGAAGGGUGAAAUAGAAAGUGUGAAAGCACAGCGUGCUAAGCUGGAAGCUGCCAUCACAGAGGCUGAAGAACGUGGUGAAGCUGCUGUGAAAGAUGCCAAAGCUAAACUGGCUGAACUGGAGGCUGCUCUACAGAAGGCCAAGCAGGACAUGGCUCGCCAACUCAGAGAAUACCAGGAGCUGAUGAAUGUCAAACUGGCUCUAGAUAUUGAGAUUGCCACCUACAGGAAACUUUUGGAAGGGGAGGAAUGCAGACUUGUUGGUGAAGGCCAUGGGGCUGUUAGCAUCUCUGUGGUUAGCAGCUCCACUGGACAUAGCACAAGUGGCCAACAUCACCAUGUGGGAAGCUUCAGCUCCAGCAGUUUAUCCAAGGGGAAGUAUGGACAUCACUGUUAAGCCUCAGCUAUUUUAGAUAAUCUGCG